UGCAGAGUUCCUUGCUGAUACAGAUGUAGAAAAAAAAACGAAUUGUUUACAAAAUGAUGAGGAUACAGUUACAAAAAAUCUACUGAUAAAUGAUAAAUCGAGCAAUCUCAUACAGACUACAUUAAACAGAAUAGGUACUGGAAAUGAAAUAAUUACACAAAAACAACUGGACUCAGCAAUAAUUAAAUUUGUUGUUCAAGAUACACAGCCAAUUAAUAUUGUUGACAAGCCAGUAUUUUUGAAUUUAAUUAGAUUGGGACUUCCAAAAACAUUAACUGUUAUGUGUUCAAAAACAUUAAAAACUCGAUUAAACUCUGCAGCUAAUGCAAUGGUAGAUAAUAUUUCUAAAACACUGUCAAAUAUUGAAUAUAUAUCAGAAACUGCAGAUUGUUGGACCCAAGGUAAAAAAUCUUACCUUGGCAUAACAGCCCAUUGGAUUAAUAUAACAACGUUAGUUAGAGAAGGAGCAUCAUUAGCUUGCACAGUGAUAAAAGGUCGACAUACUUUUGAUGUAAUAGCACAAGAAAUAUAUAAUAUAAACAAAAAGUACAAAAUUCAAAAUAAAGUAACCAGUACUACAACUGAUAAUGGUAGCAAUUUUGUAAAAGCAUUUAGGGUUUUUGGAAUUGAUAAAAAUUAUGAGGAAAACUUAUUCGAUGAAGAUGAAGAAUUAGAGCUAAUUGAUUUAAAUGGUAUAUUUGAAAAUGCUGAAAUUGAUACAGAAAUUGACUAUGUAAAUGAAGUUAGUUUGUCCGCUCACAGACGAUGUGUGAGUCAUACUUUGAACUUGGUCGCAACUAAUGAUGUUGAAAAAUGGUUUAAUGAAAAUGAAAGAAAGGCUGAUGUUCUUCAACUCAAAAAGCUCUACAGAAAACUCUUUGCAAAGCUAACAAAACUUUGGUCAAAACAAAAUCAGUCGACGAUUGUGGCAGAAAACAUUCAUGAAGUACUUAAUGUGUAUUUGAGAGUACCUAAUAAAACAAGAUGGAAUUCUACAUAUGAUGCAUUAAUUCAAUUAAAAGGAAUUAUAAAUGGACCUGGUGGCUUAGAAAAAUUGAACCAAGUCAUGGAUUUUAAUACAUUACCAAGAAUAUUAAACGAAGAAGCUGUAUUCAUAAAUGAAUUUUGUGAUAUAUUUGGACCAAUCGCAGAGUCCUUAGAUUUCUUACAAGGUGAAAAAGCCAUGUAUAUGGGAUAUCUGCUACCGACUUUACAUGCUUUGGAGAAAAAGAUUAAAAAUAGACAAUGUAAACCUAUGACACAUUGUACACUUCUAUUAGAAGCUGUUUUAAGAUCAUUAAAAAAAAGAUUUGCUCACAUAUGGAUGGAAAAAGAAUUAGUAAUUGCUGCAUGUCUUAUUCCAAGAUUUAAACUAAAUUGGCUAGAAGGUGACGAAAAAUUGAAUGCUGAAUUAUUUUUAAAAACUGAGUUUUUAUGUUCUGAAAAUGAAGUAUCUGAUGGUAAUUCAGUUAGUGAUUCUGAUUCUGAUUCAAAUAAAGAUUUUUUUUGUUUACCAACAAAAAGCUAUUCCAAUAAAAAUAAUACAAUAACCUCAGAUCAAGAACUUUUAAAUUUCUUAAAUAACAAAAAUAUUGAUUUAAAAAGUUUAUUUGCAUUUCCUAAAGUACUAUUAAAAUUUGUUCAGUUUAAUACAGGUUUACCCUCUAGUGCACCAGUAGAAAGGUUAUUUAGUACUGGAGGGAAUGUAAUGACAUCAAAACGUCAUAGACUGGGUGAUGAUAUGUUUGAAAACUUAAUUUUAUUAAAACAAAAUAAGAUGUUUUGAAGUUCAAUAAAAUUUACAAAUAGUUUUCUUUUUUAUUUAGAUAAAUAGAUAUU